AUGGCUUCUACGCGAGAGGAGCGGCUGCAAAUGCGACAGCGCGGAGCUGGAACGCGCAAAAUCCAGCAAGUCGACUUCGGUUUUUCCUUUGGAGGCCCAGCAUCGGGCCCAUCAGAUCCUGCACCGCUUUCAUGGUUCCCUGAACCCGCAAAACCACAAACAGACUCGGCGCCAAUUGCUCCAACACCACCUGCGCCACAGCUAUCGCAGCCGGCAUCACCAACAGGAAGCCAACCGCAGCGUACGCCAGGAAGUGCGCGCAAUAGUCUCCCUCCGCGCGCAUCGACAUAUGAUAUUCCCUCUGACGAUUCAAACCGAGCGCCUCGAAGUAUUAAAAGGAGAAAACCAAAUCCCACGAGCGAGGAUAGGCUUAGCCCAUCGGACCGAAGAGACUCAAAAUCAGGACAUGGCGACUCUAUUACAGCCCGGAAUGGCGUGCCUAACGAAGACCAGCAAACUCAGGAUGUUCCAAUUCCGGACGCGCCCCCGCGGGGAAGUACGAAUGAAGCGCCAGAACCACCUGCCUCAGAAGCUCCUGUAGAUAUCCAAAUGCAGGAUGCCAGUGGACCAACAGAUAAUCUCGGCAGUGGUACAAAUGCGCAGUCACCGCAAGAGCAACCACGAAGCACACCGCAAACCUUCAGAGAUGAUACCAUACCAAAGGCAAACAAUACGAGGCCUCGAAAAAGUCGAUCGCCCAAGGAACCACUGCGAGAGACUCAACGUAUUGUCGAAUCUAAAGAUCCUCGCCGAAAGACUCGGUCACCACAAGCUGGGAAGUCAGGAGAGAUUAAAAAUAAGAAGAGCCGGGAAUCUCAAAGCACGUCGCCAAGUACAACAGGAGAGCGCCAACGGCAGGCCAGAAUACCACUAGCACAGCCUGUUUCGACCAAUGACUCCGAGACCAGUCAACCAGAGGCAACUUCCGCUACUCGGGAGAGUCCCAAGGCCCAAGAGGCUCAACCUGAUACUACAAAUGAGACUGAGGCUCUGGCUCAAAAGCAGUCUAAAGUGACUAAGAAAGGCCAAGGGCGUAAAGGGCGUUCCACCGAUGAUGACAGUGUACCGCCGCAGACAGAAGAAACCUCACCAGAGGCUGAAGUCCAACAAAAGUCUAGUGGUGCCAAAUAUAAAGGCCCUCGUGCCAAUGUUCCCGAUGAGAAAGAGUCUCGCUCUGGACGAAAAGCCGGCGGAGAACGACAAACAGGGUCCGGGCCCGAACACCAGCAGCCCGAGAUAUCAGGCUCUGAGACAGGGCAAGGUCCUUCAAAACCACGUCGCGGAAAGCCUGGGAAGGGCAAAAACAAAGCAAUACCCGAUCCUGCCACAACAGAAGGAAACCCAGCAGUCGAGGCUGUUCCUGAGCCAGAAGAGGAGCCAAGGACAUCGAAAUCGCGUGGGAAGUCUGCCAAGAAGGGCAAGGAACCAGCAGGUCCAAAACCACCUGCUAGAGAAGAGCUUCCAGAACAUCGGCCAGAACCACAGGCUGAUCCCGAACCAGAACCAGCGCCAGUGCCAUCUAAAUCACGGCGUAAGGCUGGCAAGAAAAAUAAGCGAAGAGCAGAGCCAGAUGUGGAAGCUGAACCGACAGAAGAACCAAAAAGCGCGGAGAGGCCUUCAGCUGAGUUUGAAGAACCUCAGGAACCAGAACCAGAACCAGAGCCAGAGCCAGAAGCUAGUCGACCUAAGCCACGCGGGGGCAAACGCGGGACCAAGGAGAAGAGAACUGCACUUGAACCCUCUACAGAGGAGCAGCCAGAAGCCGAAUCAUCUCGGACAAAGACACGCAGACAAGGACCGAGAGAGCCCCGUGGCGAAACAGUACCUGUUACAGUGCAUCGUCUGGUCAAUCAUGAGGCUCUCGGUGCCAUGGGAAUUUCUAUUGGUUCCGAAGAUGAAGAUGAAGUGUCUCCCGAUCAGCUUUCUGCUCACCUACAAACCAAGCUGCCAAACCGUGGCGGCGUCAACCCUGCCGAUGUAUUGAGCCAGAUUUGUCGUGAGACCUUGGAGAAAACACUUACGGCACUCAAUACUGGUAUUGAGAAUGAGACUAAUGCUCAACGGCGUGCAGAGUGGACACGAAAGCGGAAGGCCGUUGAAGCAUUCGGCUCUGAACUUGAUGGUCGCCUGUUAGAUCUGAGCGAGAUGCUUGAUAGCAACUAUGUGCUCGGUGUGCGACUCAGACAAGCGAAGCGCGAUAUGUUAGGCCUGCGAAGUCAUCUCUACAAAGUACGGCAGGAAAGAGAAGCUAUUUCUCUACAGAUGGAUGAAGUGCGUGGCAAGCACAUGGCUGAGGAGGCCGCGAAAACAUCACGGACUACUAUCAACAACUCUCUUCAUAGUCUAGAGCUUGCUCUGGAUCGCAGUCAGUACCGAGAUUCACCUCCAACGGAUCCCUCGGCAGCGGAUCUGGAGUUUAUGCUCCGCACUGUGGCUGACGAUGUGAGCUCUCGAGCUCCCAGUGCCCAUGGAGGACUACUGGAUCAAAUACGCGCCUUCAAUACGCAACUGGAGACCACGGCUCGUCGGUUGGAAGGUCAAUGA